AGGCCAAAUGGGGCAGGGUGGAGGUGAAGGGUGGAGGAAGACCCAGGUUGGGAGAUUCCCAGGGCAGGGGGCGAGCAGAUAUGCGUGUGCGCCUGUGCACCUGGCUGCGUGUUUGUAGGUGUGUGCUCCUCCUGUGUGUGCAGGUGGAUUUCUGCAUUUAACUUGUCAAACUUUUACCAACUGUCUGUUUUGUGCAAAGUUCUGGCUUUGGGGGUGAGGCCCUGUCCCUACCUUUAAGGAGACGGCAAUCCAGUUUGAAGAGGGAGCCACACGUGCCCAGCCGGGGCACUGCCCCAGCUGAUGCCCCAGAGGGGCCACCCACCUCAAGAGGGCCUCUGGGCCCUGGCUGGCCCUUUCAUGGAGCAUGAGUCAGAUCCUGAGGCCGACGGGCUAUUGGACCUCAGCUUCCUGACACAGGAGGAACAGGAGGCCAUUGCCGAGGUCCUGAAGCGAGAUGCCCACCUGCGCCAGCUGGAGGAGGGACGAGUCAGCAAGCUCCGGGCCUCGCUGGCAGACCCUGGGCAGCUGAAGAUCCUAACAGGGGACUGGUUCCAGGAAGCACGCUUCCAGCGGCACCACCAUGUCCACUUCGGUUCUGACCUUGUCCGAGCCUCCAUCCGCAGGAAGAAAGGCUCCAGGGGAGGCCAGGCUCAGGGCAGCAAUGGCGAGGCUGAGGCUGCUGAGAAAGAGGCUGAAGAGGCACUGGAGCCCAGUCUCCCCAGAGAUGAGGCCACCCAAGAGAAGCUCAGUGAGGCUGAGGGACCUAAUUUCCCCUCACCAUAUGUCCCCCUAAAGGCUUCAGAAGAUGAAGAGGAGCCCCAGGCCCAGGAAGCCCCUGGCUCAAGGGGCGCUCUUGUCAACGCCGCGGAGGAGGCGGACCCGGAGCCGGAGCGGCUGUCGCUAGGAGAGGUGGAGCCGCAGCCCCCGCCAGCCCAGACACAGGCGACGUCCGAGAUCCUGGAGAAUGGGGAGGAGGCCCCGGGGCUCGACCCUUCACUCGACCGCAUGCUCAGCAGCAGCUCCUCCAUGUCCAGCCUCAACUCCUCCACGCUGAGCGGCAGCCAAAUGAGCCUGUCCGGGGAGGCGGAGGCGGGCGCGGUGCAGGUGCGCGGCUCCGUGCACUUUGCGCUGCGCUACGAGGCGGGAGCCGCCGAGCUGCGCGUGCACGUGAUCCAGUGCCAGGGCCUGGCAACCGCCCGUCGCCGCCGGUUGGACCCCUAUGUCAAAAGCUACCUCCUCCCGGACAAGCAGAGCAAGCGGAAAACAUCGGUGAAGAAACGGAACCUGAAUCCGGUCUUCAACGAGACUCUCCGGUACUCUGUCACGCAGGCCGAGCUCCAGGACCGCGUGCUGAGUCUGUCGGUGUGGCACCGCGAAAGCCUGGGUCGCAACAUUUUCCUGGGCGAAGUCGAAGUGCCUCUGGACACGUGGGACUGGGACUCCGAGCCCACCUGGCUCCCCCUGCGGCCCCGGGUCUCGCCCUCUCCCGACGACCUUCCCAGCCGCGGGUUGCUUUCUCUGUCUCUCAAGUACGUCCCCGCCGGUUCCGAGGGCGCAGGACUACCCCCGACUGGGGAGCUGCACUUCUGGGUGAAGGAAGCUCAGGACCUCGUGCCUCUGCGCUCAGGAUCCCUGGAUACUUACAUCCAAUGCUCAGUGCUGCCUGAUGACAGCCGGGCCAGCCGCCAGCGGACAAGGGUUGUGCGACGCAACCUCAGCCCCGUAUUCAAUCACACCAUGGUUUACGAUGGCUUCGGGCCUGCUGACCUGCGCCAGGCCUGUGCUGAGCUCUCCCUCUGGGACCAUGGGGCCCUGGCCAGUCACCAGCUGGGGGGCAUACGCCUCAGCCUGGGCACCGGCAGCAGCUAUGGGCUCCAGGUGCCCUGGAUGGACUCCACAUCUGAGGAGAAGCAGCUAUGGGAGACCCUCCUGGAGCGGCCAUGUGAGUGGGUGGACGGCCUUCUGCCCCUCAGAACCAACCUGGCCCCCAGGACAUAGCUGCCCUACAAGCCCUACAACACCCCUCUUUCUGGACCCCCAUCUCAGAGCCUGCCCAUGGCUAAAGUCAAUAAAUUCUGUUCUAAGAAACAA